AUGCUAUCAGAGCAUGCUGAGGGAUUGCAGAUUCUUCACUAUGAAGAAGGUCAGAAGUACGAACCGAACCAUGAUUACUUCCUUGAUGAAUUCAACAAGAAAAAUGGUGGCCAAAGGAUUAUUGCUACUGUUCUAAUGUACUUAUCAGAUGUUGAAGAGGGUGGUGAGACUGUUUUUCCAGCUUCUCAUGGGAAUUUUAGUUCCCUGCCUGGGUGGAAUGAGCGGUCUGAAUGUGCUAAAAGGGGCUUAUCUGUAAAACCAAAGAUGGGUGAUGCCUUACUUUUUUGGAGCAUGAGGCCUAACGCGACAUUAAAUGUAUGUUUAGUUUGGAGUUGCAGUCAUUUGUUAAAUUAGCACUAAG